GGAUUCUCUCUCUCUGCGUAAAAGCAAAACCCCGUGGAUCAUUCUUUACAAAUCAGAUUGUUUUAGAGAGAGAAACUGCAUUUUUUUAGUGAGAGAAACUACUGACAUUGUUAUGGGAGGUGGAGGCGGUUCAAUCGGAGGAGCGAUUGUGCCGUCGGUGAAGUCCGGACUGCCUGCACCGUCAUCGGAACUACCAGCUCCUGCUCCGAUUCCGCCACCACCGGUAUAUCAGCUACAUCCGCCGCAAGUUCCGGCGUCUGAUCGCGCGGUGGUGGAGGCGGAGGUUAGGGAGGAUGAUCGAGAGGCGGAGGAAACGGAUAAAGAUUUGCUGUGUCCGAUAUGCAUGCAGAUAAUCAAGGAUGCCUUUUUGACAUCAUGUGGUCAUAGUUUCUGUUACUUGUGCAUUGUGACACAUCUUCAGAACAAGAGCGACUGUCCUUCUUGCGCAAGUUAUCUCACCACUAAUCAGAUUUUUCCUAAUUUUUUGCUUAAUAAGCUAUUAAUCAAAGCUUCAGCAAGCCAUAUAGCCAAACAUGCUUCUCCUACUGAACAGCUUCGUCAAGCACUUCAACAGGGAUGCAAUGUUUCAGUCAAGGAGGUGGACAUCCUCUUGGUUCUUCUUGCUGAAAAGAAAAGAAAAAUGGAGCAAGAAGAAGCCGAGACAAAUCUGCAAAUUAUGCGCGAAUUUUUGCAUUGCUUACGAAAGCAAAAGCUUGAAGAGCUAAACGAGAUACAAAAUGAUCUUCAGUACAUUAAAGAAGACAUAAAUGCUGUGGAGAGACAAAGAGUAGAGCUGUAUAGAGCACGAGAAAGAUACUCAGUAAAACUAAGGAUGCUUUCUGAUGAUCCUAAUGUAAGAUCAUCAUGGCCUUCAUUGAUGGACAAACGUAACAGCAGCAAUAUGUCUAUUGGAAAGAGUGUUAAAGGAGGCCAAUUUUGGUUGGGUGGAGGUGCUUCACAAAGUAGGGCAGCUGCUGCUGAUGUGGAAGCUCCUCCUAUAACCUCUCAACCACUUCAAAGAAAGGAUGCUGGCAGUGGGGCAGAUUCACAGAAUACUACUCAACCAGGAGUAGCUGUAGCAAGAAAGAGGCGUGUUCAUGCACAGUUCAACGACUUGCAAGAGUGUUACUUGCACAAACGGAGAUAUUGGGCAAAACAUGGUCAGAAGCAGGAAGAAAAGGAUUCUAAUCAUGUACAAAGAGAAGGUUAUCAUCAUCAUCAUCCAGGACUUAAGGAUUUUCAAUCUGUGCUUUCUUCUUUUACACGAUACAGUCGGUUACGGGUUGUUGCUGAACUUAGGCAUGGGGAUCUUUUCCAUUCAGCCAAUAUCGUAUCAAGUAUAGAGUUCGAUCGAGACGAUGAAUUUUUUGCUACUGCUGGAGUCUCACGACGUAUCAAGGUUUUCGAUUUUGCUUCUGUGGUGAAUGAACAAGAAGAAAUGCAGUGUCCUAUAGUGGAAAUGUCAACGCGUUCCAAACUUAGUUGUUUGAGCUGGAAUAAGUACACUAAAAGCCAUAUAGCAAGUAGUGAUUAUGAGGGCAUUGUGACUGUAUGGGAUGUAAAUACUCGCCAGAGUAUUAUGGAGUAUGAGGAGCAUGAGAAACGAGCAUGGAGCGUUGAUUUCUCACGCACCGAACCUACAAUGCUAGUUUCCGGAAGUGAUGACUGCAAGGUAAAGAUUUGGUGUACAAAACAAGAAGCAUCUGCCCUUAACAUUGACAUGAAAGCAAAUAUCUGUUCAGUCAAGUACAAUCCCGGAUCUAGUUUUCAUAUCGCAGUAGGUUCAGCAGAUCACCACAUCCACUAUUACGACUUGAGAAACAUAAGUCAACCGUUACACGUAUUCAGUGGCCACCGAAAAGCCGUUUCAUACGUAAAAUUCGUCUCCAACACCGAGCUCGCUUCUGCCUCUACAGACAACACUUUACGUUUAUGGGACGUCAAACAAAACAUCCCAUUAAGAACGUUUAGAGGACACACGAACGAGAAGAAUUUUGUUGGCCUAACUGUGAGUAAUGAUUACAUAGCUUGUGGCAGUGAGACUAAUGAAGUUUUUGUGUACCACAAGGAUAUUUCGAGGCCUGCAGCAUGGCAUAGGUUUAGUUCUGAGACAAAUGAAGGUGGGGGAGAUGACCCUGGAUCAUAUUUCAUUAGUGCUGUGUGUUGGAAAACUGAUAGUCCAACUAUGUUGACAGCAAAUAGUCAAGGGACAAUCAAGGUUCUUGUCCUUGCUGCGUAGUGUGUAAAUAUAUAUAUAAAAAACACUAAACCCGAUUUUUACUCAGAGUCCUGAUGCUUCAGACACCAAAACACCUCCAACAAAGUAAAUCUGUAUUCACCCACAAAAAUAGAGAGAUGUUAGGACUGAUUUGAUUAAUUAAUUGUGAUGUAGUAACAGAAGCUUUGAUUAUAUAUAUAUUAAAGAGUAAACGAUAA